AUGUCUGCACAAUCGUCUCGCCUCAUCUCCUUCCCCCCGACUCAAAAUACCCCUCUUGUCGCUGUACAACGCAUCUCGCAACCACCAGGAGACUUUACAGUGGUAUAUGUCAUCGGGGCGCCCACAAUAUAUCCCCCUCUUACAGAUUCUCCAGGGAAGAUACCCGCAACCCCUUCACCCUUCGCCCACCAUUCUACACGAGCCGCAAAGAUGAUGUUCGCUGAAUUUUCCGCAGUUGGUCAUACAGAGACCACUCUGCCGUCUGAUCAAUACAAACGGGCAGUGCUUAAGCCGCCCCCUUCUCGAUUUUCUGUAGAGUUUCUUUCAUCUACCAAAGCUAACGGAGUAUACAACCAUGGCAUGCGCAUUUCGCCCAUUACAGCCUUCGACGACCGCAUGUCUGUCUCAACACGAGGAACCCACAUAGAAUACGACAUCUGGCGCAGAUGGGAAGACUGUCUGUUCCUUCAAGAAACUCUCGAAUCCGAAUACAGCCGCGCUGCCCGCGAGAAGAAGACUCGCCUUGCCCAAGGGAAAGGCGUCAAGGCCUUCAAUGGGUUGUACAAGCAGGACUUCGCAUCGUCUUGGGAAUCCCUUCCCCCGGGCCCGGACCCCAAUUCCGUCGCUCAGGAUAUUCACAACCACCUCCCCCGCCUGACGAAGAAAGGCACGCUCUUCCGUGCCAGCCAGGCUACCGUCGACCAAAGGCAGAGGGAGUUUCGCCACCUUGUCGAGACGCUCUUCUCCGACGACAUGCCUGCACUGAUUCAAGAGAUCAGAGCAAGCACCAUCGUCACGGACUUCUUCGGUCUGUGGCGCAGGGACUACGACAACAUGUCGAGUGCGCGCAAGACAAGCCCGUCGACGCGUAGCUCGGUCACUAGCAGCGUCUUUGGGUCGUACUUCUCCGAAUCCAGUCCUUCCCUCGCGGGGUCUAUUAAUGAGAACCCCCAUGCGUCACGCCGCUCUCUCGCGAAGUCGCUGUCGCCAAAGAAGACCUCGAGCAAGCACCGUUCGUCCAGUGAACGGCCGCGCUCGUCGAGUGGUUCCACAAUUACGGAUAUCACCGAGGUGUCGAGAUACCCAGCGUCGACAAGGCACAGUGGCGAGAGCGUCCGGGCCGAAACGCCGUCGACCUGCAGGCCGCGCCGACGAACAGACUCCAACACCUCUUCGGACUCGUCUUCGACACACUCGGACGGCAGUUCUGACUAUGGGUCGACCUCAUUGACGUCCCCGUCCAUCGUCGACGAUGUGCCUAUCGUGUUCGGACACAAUCCGAUCUCGAAUGAUAGGCCCAGCUCUAUUUUGGAGGUCCUCCCUGAAGAACGCGAGAUGCUCGCGAAGACACCUGAGAAGUACCUCUCGCCUCCUCUAAUGCGACGGACGAGGGUGUCCCCGACAGACCGCAAGACGAACCGAAGCUUCUCUAUUGUUGGGUACCCGUCAAGAACACCGUCACCUCAACCCGAAACUGAGAAGAAAGACCGAUCUGUUCGCGAAUCAUGGCACUCCGUCGACUCAUCUGCUGACGACAUCCUGGAGGGCCUGAAGCUCUCGCUCCCCCACCCCAUCAAGGAACAGAAGUACAGGGCGUCAAUAGCGAGCAUUGCUACGUUCAUGACGACCAACUCGGCGGAAGCCAUGUUCCCCAACUCACCCACGACCCCGUCGCCCACCUCGUCCCAGGGCCGCCCCCGCAUCUCGACAGCUCUUACACUUUCGGACUUCGAGAUGUCGCCAGAGCAAGAUCGCUCUCGCGAGUCGACGGCGCUUUCCCUUUCGGACUUUGAGAUCUAUUCAGACAUCGACGACGAUAGCUGUUCGAUCCUUUCCGCUUUCCCAAGACCCUCUUCCUACCUUCCUGCUGGCCGGCGCCCAGACAGCCGCCCAGAGACGCCCGUCGGAAACAGCGCGCGUGAGCAGUCGCUCAUGUACGCUUCCGACAGCCCGUUUUCUGCCGAGACCUCGUUCUACCCCCCGCCCUCGCCCACGGCGUCAACCAUCUCGAGCUCGUUCACCAUUUCUACUGCCAUCACCUCCACUACCGCUACCUCCUCAUCCACCGCCUCUGGCGGCUCCCUCUCCCUCAAAGUCGCUCAUAACACCUCAAUCAUCAUGCUCCGCGUUCCUAGAGAAAUUACGCUCAAGGAGCUGCGAGAGCGGAUUUACACCAAAUUUGUUGGCCAGGAGGGCGUCCCGCUCUCGCGCGAGUUCAGCGUGGCAUUUGUACUGCCUACUCCUGGGAUGUCGCCGGUGAAGCCGAAGUCGAGGGCGCGCUCGGCGUCGGUGUCGUCGAAGGACAAAAUGGAGAUGCAGUUCGUUGAGAAGGAGGCGGAUUGGGAGCGUGUCGUGAUGACCACCGAGGGGAGUAAGGUCGUCCUGAGGAUUUUGGACGGGCCAAGGUCGUAA